CUGUUGUGAAAAAAUAUUUGUUUCACGAUGAUAAUUAAUGGAAAUUUGGUAUAAAUAUUGCAUGACAACAGGAGAAUGGCGUGUAGCAUGUCAGAAGAUGUUGCCACAGGUGUCAGCCGGGAAGUUGACGAGUGGUUAUUGUCAAACAGUGAUGGAAUCCUUAUUUUGCUAGAUGUUGCUGGAGAUGAUGUGGAUAAAUGUGUAGUAAAUCUGCUGCUUGGUUCUGAGUAUGAAGUCAAACUGCAUGUGCCAUCAGGUUACCCUAACAAUGAAGACUGCUUCUUAGUGGAGUCAGAAUCAGUCAUUCAGACAUGGACCAUUGCUUUGAAUGAGUUUUUACUGGACAAGGGGAACAGGCUAAAAAUUGCAGAAGUUUUGGACAGAGCAGUGGCAUUAUUUUCUGUCAGAACCAAAAACAAGCAUGAGUCUUCAGAGGAUGAAGACAUGGAAGAGGAGGAAGAAGAGGAGACUAUGGACGAUACCCUGGACCUGGAUGACGAUGACACUUUCACCACAGCUUGGGAGUUGAAGGUGGCUCGAAAAAAGAUGAGAUGGGCCAAACAGGAGCCUAUUGUUAGAGAAAUGAUGAGGAAAAAGCGACUUGAACAAGGUUUGGAUAUGAGGAAGCAGUCGUCCCAGCAGAUAUUCACGAGUAACGCACCGUCUGGUAUCCUCACAAACGACCUUGUUAAGAUCAUGGAAUGUGAACAGGAGUGUGGUUUCUCGGCAGAGCCCAUUGAAGACAAUAUCUACCAGUGGCGUGUGAAGCUGGCACAGUUUGAGGAGGGAAGCGAUCUUGCCAAAGACCUUGCAGAAAUCAUGAGGCGACAUGGAUAUGACUAUAUCGAGAUGGAGAUGAUGUUUGAGAUAGAUCUGUUCCCAUUUUAUCCACCAUUGGUGAAAGUUUUAAGACCAAGAUUACAGGGUUGUAUGAUGCAGCGAAUCACUAACAUAGAAUUCCUCCAACUAUCGUACUGGUCCCCAACAAAGGACAUGAAGUCAGUUAUCGAGGGUAUUCGGGACUUCCUGCAGCAGUGGGCGCGUAUCGACGUGGACCACGACAGGAACGACCUCUCUCGAUGUCCAUACCUCUAUAUUGAACAUCACCUCCUUACUCUUACACAGGUGAGUGAGAUGACACCCAGGGCUAAUGACAAGUAUCGGCUCGGGGAAGAUAAAAUUACGGAACUGAAAAACACAGCCAGAAGCCAACAACAGAAAACAAGCCAGGAAAAAGAAAAGGAUGAAUUUUGGGCAAAGGGAGUUGGAUAUGGGCACGUUAACAGACCAGGCUGGGAUAUAGACGCUUACCUGGCCGCCAACAGGGAAAAAGACAAUAAGAUUGAGUCAGCAUUACGAGACAUUGUGAAAGAGCUUAAGAGACUGCCAGCAUGCCAAACCACCACGGAGAUAGCAGCCACGUCGUCCGUGUACGAUGUUGCAGGGACCAGCAGUAUGGAUAUAACCCCGCCUCCUGGGAGCGGGGAUUUUAUUCAUGACAUCUACACUGUACUGGAGGGCUCUGUGCUUAUACCAUUCAUUGAGCAACAUUUGAAGGAGAAUUCUUUACUAGAGAUCAGCAGACAUGCUUCAGUCUACACUGUGAUUAUCAGUUUGAUACGAGAAAUAGCAUAUCGUAAAGAGUUACUGCCCUUGUUAUGUUGGCUGGAUGGACAGACACACUCCCUGUACCAGUAUCUUGAACAGCUGAAUGACAAGGCCAGUAUAAUGCUAAAGCAGAUCUCCAAACCAUCCAACGGUCAUCUCCCAGAGAGCACGGGCGCUGACAAUGACAUUUAUACGGAUACAGACUCGGACAUAAGUGAUGCGGAGGUACAGGACUGUAUCACGGCCAACGUGAAGUACAUGUGGCAGAAACACCAGGACAUUGCGGCAUACGUCAGACGGACCAACAGACAGCCCAUGAAGGGCCCAAGUGCUGACCCAGAUAUGGAGGAAAAACUGGCUAAGGAGAUCGGUGAACUGUUCAAACUAGUUAAAUUGUGCCUUGAGAGAGAAGAUCUGAUUGGUCGAUGCUCAUGCCCUCCAAUCAAUGGGGAUGCGGCAGCCAGUGGGGAUGCCCCUAAUAACCAUGUACAAAAGUACACCGCUGCGGAGAGCCAGUACCGGGAAACCAUGAAGCCGCUACUCUUUGAGUCAAGCACCAUCCCUGUAAGCGGGAAACACUGCCAUCACUAUGCCAAACAUCUUACUAGUCAGGCCACAUCAAAACAACAGGUGAUUCGGAUUGCCCAGGAGCUUUCAUCAUUGUCGUCUUCACUGCCACUGAAUCUGUCUUCAUCUAUAUUUGUUCGCACGGAUGAUGAAAGAAUAUCAUUGAUGCAAGCGCUAAUAACAGGGCCAGAAGGUACCCCCUACUCCAAUGGCUGUUUUGUGUUUGACAUAUUUUUUCCUGCUACCUAUCCAAUUGUUGCACCAAAAGUUAACCUUCGAACUACAGGGAAUGGCACUGUUCGUUUUAACCCAAACCUUUACAACUGUGGUAUGGUGUGUCUAUCUCUACUAGGAACAUGGCAGGGCCAAGGUGGAGAACAAUGGAAUGAAAAAACUUCCACAGUCCUACAGGUAUUGGUAUCCAUUCAAUCCUUGAUUUUGGUACCAGACCCAUAUUUCAAUGAGCCCGGCUACGAAGCUUCAAUGAAGUCUGACGAGGGCAAAAAAGCCAGCGAUGAUUAUAACAAAAGUAUACGAAUCCACUGUAUCAACCAUGCAAUGGUCAGCAUGCUGCAACACCCACCUCCCGGCUUUGAAAGUGUGAUACGCAAUCACUUCCACUUGAAGAAAGAUAGCAUACUGCAGGAGAUGCAGCAGUGGUCACGGUCCGGCGGCAAGUGUUCUCAGCUUGACUCCGCAACACACAGCCUGAAGAAAGAGCUGAAAAAGCUUACCCCACCCGCCAAGACUUGAGAGGGACGACUGGCUAGAAUUAACUCGUGGAAAAAGUGUGACGAACUCUUGGUGAAUAGUGUGAUGAACCACUAAGAAAGUGUGAAAAAGUGCUGAGCGAUUGUUUUUAGACUUUAUUAGACUGGAAUUAAGUCUCAACACUAAAAUAAAGUCUCAAAACUGUUCAUGAAUCAUAUUUUCCCCUAUGAUUUUUCCCAGUUCUGUACAAAGUGAACUUUCCGAUAUUUUAUGCCAUACAUUUUGGUAGGUAAUUGUUAACAAUGUGCUAAUGCAGUGUCAUAUUUCACAUUUGUGUCAUGGUUAAAUGAACCAAAGUUCACAGUAAAAGACCUGUUGAUAACAACCACUUGUGUUUAUCCUUGUUUUGCAUGGUAUUAUUAUUAGCUGGUCUGUUUGUUUAUGAAAACAAGACCAGGUAUUUUAAUAGACUUAGUGUCUUGACUGCAAUGGUUGUGCAAAAUCUUUCACCUUGAUCAAAGCUCAAAAAACAUUCAAGAUAUUUAAAUGAAACUUGCUACACAUGUUGUCAGAGACAAACACACUCUCGUAAAUCAACUUUGUUCAUAGCUCAAAAAAAAAUUCAAGAUAUUUAAAUGAAACUUGCCACACAUGUUGCCAAAAACAAAACACUCUUGUAAAUCAAGGCCCAUAACUCUGGUGUUAAUAAUUGUUGAGUUAUGCCCCUUUUUGACUUAGUAAUAGCAGAUAAGCGUUGAGAUACACCCCUCGGCACUCUUGAUUUUUAUAGUGUAAGUGAUACAUUGUACAUAGACUUGAAUUAAGUGUUCAUGUAAGUGAGCAAUUGGGCCGAUUGUUCAAAACCUUGUUAAAAUUCACAACAUUGUUAACGUCAUUGUUCUUUUCUUUGAAAUCUUUACAGUUCUGGAAGUUUAUUGGAUACACUAUAUUUCUAACAAGAUCUGAGCGAAAUGCUUCAGUUGUACUUGUUUAUAUUUAACUUUGUGAGCGCAUCAUCAUAUAGUUUAAAAGUCAACAACAAUGUCAUAAUGGUGUUGCUAACUUUAAUAAAGUUUUGAUUAGUGAGGCCAUUGUCUGUUUACUGUAGGUAUACAGUAUAAUUUCCAACCUGUACAAAUUUGGGACUUUCUAAGCUUUUAAUGAUUCUUUAUUUGUUAUCAUUUUUUGCUCUAAUCUUGUACAUGUAUAUUGCAUUUAUGGACCAUUGUGUAAAUGUUAUUUUCAGAGGGCAGUUAAGUUUCAUAUUUUCAUUUUGUAAUAACAAUUUCUAAGCCUAGUAGGUAUUUCAAGUAAAGGGCCCAUAUUCACCUAUGUCUUGAGUCUAAGUUUCAGACUCAGACUCAGAAAAACAAACAUAUAGUGGACUCACUUGUGAAUGAGUUGAAUACAUGGGAAUACACCACACUGGGGUGUAAAAAUGCUGUAACAUGAGCAAAGAUAGUAAACAUCUCUGUAUCUGUUAUAAAUCAAAUCUUCUACAAUCAGGUAUAUAUAUUUUGUUAUAAUUAGUUAUAUUUUAAAACAUUUAAGAUUUCAGUUUUCUGAGCCCGAAUGUCAAACUCUGACAUAAGACAUUACCGAAUAUGGCCCAAGAUUUCAUGAUAAUUGUAUUGAUGUUUCGUCGUAUUCUGCGCCAUACUACCAGUUUGUGCUCAGCCUAUGAAAAAUUGCCAUGCAAUGAGAGUUUGAUUAUAUUUUUCCAAAUGUUUGACUUAAAACUCAAUUGAAUUAAACCAAUGUGCUUGGUGGACUCAUAGUUUAAAUGAAUAUUUGUAAGUCUGAACUUAAUUUUCUAUUAAUCUAUUAUGUUUAAUAAAAUACUUUAUUAAGGCUGACAAUGUAAGCAUAUGAUAUAAGCUAUAGCAUGAUAGGGCAUAUGAAACCACAUUAAGUUGAUUAUUAUUUCUAAGUUCAUAUUUUGUGUAGUUGUAAAGUUGCACUUAAUGGCCCAAAUUUGGCACCAUUUCCAAGACUAAAACAUUUUGCUUUUUCCCUAAAGAUAAAAAAACUUCAAAUUUUUCGAUCCAAAAAAGGUCUAGUUAAAACAUUGGACCCCAAACCAUUUUUGUAUUGGUUAAUUCUUAAAAACAAAACAAAACUGUUUUGCCUUUUAUCUUUUCUUUCUAUUUUUUAAGCAUUCUAGUUAAAAUUGGAAUUCCUUUUUUAGUCAAAAUGAGGCAUUUUCCCAAUCAGACAUGACAUGGACCCAUACUGAAAAUAGUGAAAAUAAACUCUGUAUCAUUCUCCAGUUUGUUUACAUGUAGAGAAUGCAUGCAUUCCUUUUCUCUCCAUUGUAAAUGUAGUUUACUAGUAUACGUGUAUUUAUACUAAGUGCGAGUUGUAUAGGAUAGGUGUUAUAAACCAAAACUGAGUAAGGCCUAAAAAAAUAAAUUGUGUGGUUAGGGUAACAUGGCCCCCAAGAAUAGGUAGGGUAGGUAAGGAAUUUUUUUUUAGGUUUUUAGUUUGGUACAGGUUUGUUUGCUUUGUUUUUGUCCCAUUUCAACAGUAUUUCAGUUACAUUAGGAUAUUGCUGGGGCUCAAGAUUCGGUAACAAUGAUUUUCCUGGAUAAACAAACACUUAGAUUGAUAGACUGGCAUUCUCCCAACUGAGCUAGGCGAGUUUCGUUGUCAUUCGUUACACACCUUCCGAAAGCAAAACAUAUUGAUAAUUAAAUGACAAUAAUGACCUGCUUCAGCAUCUCAAAAACAUUUUCUGCCAUUUUCCAAGAAGUAAAGUUAGGAAUAUUUUAUAAACUGUACAAUGGCAACAGACCCAGGUUUCAGUCCCAGUUUAAAAUAAAGUCACAUUUUGUCAGGCACCAGCCUGUGUCAGAACUCUCAGAAUUUUAUAUUUCCGUUCUAUACUAGUAGUAUGUUUGCCCAGCUGCUAUUUUAUUUAAACUAUUUCUUUUAUGAUUGCAUCAUUGGAUAAAAACAUGACAAGUGAAAAGGGUCAUGUCUUGUCCUGCAGUGGUGGGUGGGGUAUAUUAAAAUUAGAAAACAUUCAAUUGACAGGAAUGUCGUACAUUUGUUCUUCAUCAAACGGGUCCAUGGCCCCUUGUCUGAUGUUGACAUGUCAAUCUCGGAUAUAGUGUAUUUUUUUCGCAAGUCCCACCAAAAAACAGUAGGGUCGGCGGUAUUUUCCAGGUAGGGUCGGGUGACCCGAACCACACAAUUUAUUUUUUAGACCUUAUUCGAUUGUUCAUUUCAAUUCAGUCAAAAAUAAGUUUCUAUACAAGAUAAAAAUAUACAUGCUUUGGUUAAACUAUCAAAAUGUCAGUAAAAUGUUUUGACAUGUCUUAUAUAUAUUAUUUUUUUUUAGAUGAAUUGUCAUUUAGAAUAGAGAUUUUGUAUACUACAGUCAAACCCCGAUGACUCAAACUGCCUCUAACCUUGGAAAAUUGAAGCCAUGCGGAAAUGUUUACCUUCAGUAUUAAGAAAUCGGUCCUUUACAUCCAGUUCGAGCCAAUGAGGAAUUGGAGCCAAGCAAGUUCAAGCCAUCGGGGUUCGACUGUACAAUGCGUAACCAAUACUCUUAAUAUUCAGUACCGGAAACUUAAGUACUUUAUGUAUGUUUUUGGUUUGUUGGUUCUUAAAAGAACUAUUUAGUGCUCAUCCUGUACAAGUCCCUCUGUAUUUCUCAUUGGUUGUGACAUUGGAUCUCUGGGGAUGACUGUGAUAUCAUAGAUCAUACUGUCUGCUUCAUUGACUGCCAAAAUUUCUCUUUCUGCUCAGGCAAAGUGUUGCAAAGUUUUAGUGUAUAGAAAUUAAGCUUACUUUUCUAACAUGAAAUCAUGUUAUUCAUCAUAGCAUAGGUAAGCGCACCUGACUGUGGGAAGCAGAGAAUGGUUUGUGGUGGGCUCAAGUCUCACCAUUGGCAACCACAGUACUUUCUUGCGUUACACUUCAUACAUACCGUGGGGAAAAAGACUGACAAAAUCAUGAUUAUAUGAAUAUGCAUGAGGCAGGGGAGACAACUCUUCUUCCAAUGAAAUUGCACACGACAAUUAAACACUCUUCAAUAACUCUGAACUGUUAGAUAACUCUGAACUGUUAGUUAUACCCCCCAAAACAAAGUUUGGGGGGGGGGGGUAUACUGGAAUCGGGUUGUCCGUCUGUCCGUCUGUCUGUCUGUCUGUCCGUCCGUUUUUUUUUUGUCCGGGAUUCAUCUUUGUCGUUAUUGAACAAAUCUUUUUCAAACUUUCAGAUAUUAAUGGCCAUGAUGUAAACUUGCGCCUCUGUGAAAUUGGUACGGGUCACAUGACCCUGACCAGAGUUAUCUCCCCUUGAUGUGUUAAAGUAGGCAAAAUAAGCCCUGUCCGGGAUUCAUCUUUGUUAUUAUUCAACAAAUCUUUAUCAAACUUUCAGAAAUUAAUGGCCAUGUUGUAAACUUUCGCCUCUGUGAAUUUGGUACAGGUCACAUGACCCUGACUGGAGUUAUCUCCCCUUGUUAUGUUAUGUUUUCAAAAUAUGUCUGAACGCAAUGGUUAAGUACAAUGAGAGGAAAUGCAGUGUACAAGAACCAUAGCUCUAUUUGAGCUAACUACAGAGUUAUUGCCCUUUGUUACAUAUUCUUGAUUACUCAAUGGAUUUGAACUAAACAACACACUUUGGUAAGGCAUGAUAAGUGGAAAUGGAGUGUAAAAUAACCUCAGAGUUAUGGCCUCUCUUCAAAGAAAUAGUGUGCCAUUCCUGUGUCCAGGCAGCAUUCGGGGGUAUUCUUUACUCCUGUGACAACUCUAGUUGUCUCUGUAGGCAAGUGGUAUAAGUGGUUGGUAUAAAAUUUGAACUGAUAACGGCACUGAGUUCAAUUCAAUCUUACGCCAGAAUACUUUUUCUACGGGAAAAUGUUAGUAUGAGGAUCUGUGCAUAUGUGAGAGUCAGAUUUCCGGGGAGGUUUCCUUGCGGAACUUAACUGCCUCAUUUAUUAUUCAUGAUUAUGAUAAUUUCUUAGCCAAAUCACCCAUGGUACCCAAUGAAGCGUAGCACAGAAGUGUAUCGGGGUUAUCUGGUGAUGAAGUCUUACCAAAGCUCUAAACUUUUGUCAAUUUACAUUAACAAAUGUUAUUUUUUUAAAGGAUGUCUAAUGUGGGUAUUUAUGGUCACAUGAUUUGUAUGGUGGCUGAGAUUACUGUCCUGUAAGGGAAGUAACUCUGCGUGGAGUUUGCAAGAGAGUAUGGAAUUUGUUACAGACCAAAAAAAGAAGCCUUGAUAGUAAUUGUAACCCUCAAUUGGACCAAACAGCUUUUUCUGUCAUACAUGUAUACAUGCUUGGUAUUUAUUCCAUGGUAAAUUUUAUUAAUGAAUAAUCAUAUUUUACAUCAACAAACCAUAUAGAUUUACAUUACUUGGGAUAUUUACAUUACAUAAUAUUAAAUAUAUAUUUUAGGAAUAAGUACUAAGUUUGUAUCUAUGAUGAGGAUGCUGGUGAUAAGCACAAUGACAUGUAACAAUAAUAUGAUACUGGACAUCCUUCAGCCGUUCAAUUAUGAACAUUAAAGAGAUGACAUUUUGUUCAUUAUUGUAUUUUUCUAAUUUUUUCAAUGACAACCUCUAACUAACAACUUUGAUAAGACUAAGAGACCAGGGGCUCUAUACAAUAGCCAACUUAAAUUUAACUCAUAGAGUAGGAUCUGAGUGUUUUGAUUGACUGAAUUUAAUCACUGAUGCAUGUCUUGAGGAUAGGAUUGUUUUGAUUGGACAGUAAAAUUAAUUGACCAAUGAACUGAAUUGAAUCAUUGAGGCAUGACUAAGGGGAAGGCUGGUUUUGAUUGGACUGUAAAAUUAAUUGGCAAAUGUACUGAAUGGAAUCACUGAGGUAUGUCUAAGAAUUUGAAUUCUAUUGAAUACAUAUUCUGAUGGAGCUAGGUUCCCUUCUGCGUCAUGUUUAUUCAUACGGUAAUAGCCGUCCAGUAAGUAAUUGGUUGGUACGGUAAUUGCAUUAUAAUGAAAUUUAGCCACUGAUCAAUAGCUUACUGGAUGGCUUCUUUGCAUACGAAUACAUUUAAACAAAUAAAUAUGGCAUGCUUUUAUUCAUUGAUAAAUGGUUAUUUGUCUAUAAUUCAAGAAAAUUAAGAACACUUUUGUGUUUCAAAAUGAAAUGGACUUUGUAAUUUAAAGUAAUCCAUCCAUCAUUAAUACAAAGACAUGCUAUUGGUAAAGAUGCAUUUUAAAGUUACAAAAUAUUAAGUUUAAAUAUUAUAUUUUUUUAAAGUAUUCACUGAAAGUUUUUUUUUAAUAUAUAGACAUUGUGUUUCUUAAGAAACAAAUAAAUAAAAUUGCUAUAUAAUCAUAGUAAAAUUCUGUAUGAUUACCUCCCUUUAAUAUAUCAUAAUAGCAGCAUCGUUAUGGUGUUUUCAAAUAUGAUAAUACUAUAAUGGUUUAUCAGUGCAAAUUGAACCUGAAAAUAAUCUUGAUGAUAAAGCUGCACUCUCACAGAUUGAACAUUUUGACAUUUUUUUUUGCCUUGGAACGAGCAAUUUUUUGCGAAAAUCCAUGGAAACCAGUUUUAUAAGACUGCUGACAAAAAAUUAGAUCGCAGAAUUUUAUAUUUAAGUUAAAAAAUUAAUGUCUUAUGCAGUUUUCUUAAACCGUUAUCACUUGUUUGCAGAUAUUUACGCAAAAAAUUUGCUCACUCUAAGACAAAAAAUAAAAAAAAGUUGUAAAAACGGUAAAUCUGUGAGAGUGCAGCUUUAAUAUCUUAAAUGCACUAUCUCAAUGAUGGAUGGCUUACCUUAAAUGGAGGAGUCUUGUUUGUGUAUUGUAUGUUGUUUAAAGAAACAAUCAUGUUUUCAAUACAUGUAUAUUUGUAUGUCUGUUUACAUUUUGUAGAAUGUUGGAUAUUUGUUUAUCAUGUUAUGCAUUUUGUUAUGAAUCAUUGUUAAAAUUUCAGAUCAAAUUGACUUAAUUGUUAAAAAUUAAAUUGUCAAGUAUA